ACGAAUGGUAGUCCAUUAGUGUGGAACUCAGACGAAUAUAUACGACAAAUAAAGAACAUGCCGCAAAUACAAGAUCUUGCGUCUAAUCCUAUUCUAUUAAAAAUUACUUUAAAUGUUUUACCAAACAUUAUCAAAGAAAAAGAAACCUCUCAGAUAAAUCGUAUAGUUUUGUAUGAUGAAUUUAUUAAGAAAUGGUUUGAACGUGCUCAAUAUCGCCUGUUAAACAUUCAAUUAAAGCCUAGAGAACGAGAGGAGUUUGACCGCUUGAACGAGGGAGACUUUUCUAAACAUUGUCUACGAUUUGGUAAAAAAUUUGCAGCCAAGAUGUUUGAGGACAAUAACAGAGUGGUUAAGCGUCGUUUGAUGCGCUUCAGCAUGCCAUUAAUUCGACGUGGAGAUCAAUAUUGGUUUUUCCAUAAAUCAUUGCGAGAUUACUUGAUUGCUUGUGAGUUGAUAGAUUCAUCUAAAAAUACGUCAGAAACAACACUCUUCAACAAACAGUCGAUUAUGCCAGAACCUGCAAUUCAAGAAUUUUUGGAAAGCCCACUGGUUUUGGAAAAUAAACUUUUUGGAGACAGCAGUAAAUCACCUUCUAACCCAGAAGCGUAA